AUGGCUCUGCUCAACAAGGAGUCUGAUCUAUCAGUGCCCCUAGAUCAGGCUGCAACUUGGCCCAUGGCUUAUCCUGGGACUCCGUAUAAUGGUAACCACCCAACUGGGUCGCCUUUGCCUCCUGUUGACGCCAUCACAAACAACAGGCCACAAUGA